AGUCGGGGGGAGCAUCGACCAUGGGCGGCGGUGGGGGCGGCGGUAGCACCCUUGGCGGCGGCACCCUGGGCCACGGCACCGCGAUGAGCAGCAGCACGGUCGGCAUGGGCCCUCUCCCCGGCACCCUGAUGCAUGGCGCCUCCGGCGGAGGCGUGGGCGGCGGCAAUCCCGGCAACGUUUACGGCAAUGGCAACAACGGAGUGGGCGGCCAGAAUACCGCUCCCGGCUCCGUGAUCGACUCGCGGGCCGUGUCCGUGGUGGUCACGCUGCCCGGCGGCCCGGGUGCCCAGCAUCCGGGCCAGGCGCUCAGCGACUACGGUCCCAUAUAGUUAAUGGUACGCCCGGACACCGCGCACUGGGUCUCGACCAGCAGUUUUAGCCAGCUGUAGCCGCUCAAGUUGGUCGACUCGCACGCCCGGCCUCUGUCUCACUCGCACUUCUAGGCUCUCACUCGCACACUCCAUCCCCAUCUCGCUCGCUCCCGCUUUUUGGUUAGGGCCCUCUUAGCAAAGGUUUUCAAGAAAUGCCAUAUUAAUUCGAGUAGCCGUAGUUUGAUUGUUGAGUUGAAAGCGCAACAAGAGCAGCUCGUUGUCCCAAUACCCAUCGAUUUGGCGGAAUCAGGAAUCACACUAUUACGUUUUCUGAAUUAGCAUUUAUUUUCAUGAAACUUUUCGAAUCUUGGAAAUUAUUUGCACCACAACUUUUACUAAGAAUUUAAUUCCAAUCCAAUUAAUUUGUAACACUUAAAGAAAUUGUGAUCUUCAGUACUAUACCUAUAAUUUUUAGCUUUACUAGGUUCAAAUUUAUUUCAAUUCCGCCAAAUUGCUUCUGAGUUGAAAAUGGAAAUAAGACCAACAAUAAGCAUUGAGAUGUGUUAGGCAACCAAUCUGCAUACAAGAUUCUAGUCCAAAAAAACCUUUGUCUUCAAAAGCAGAUGAGCUUGGGCGUAGCGAAAGGGUACUAGCCACAGUUAAAAUUAUAGAUCGAAUCCAGUUGAAGCGCGUUUGUUCUACCUGCCAUUAACUGAUUUCCUAUCUGAAUAUUCAUAUUGCCACCUUUUCUGUUGUUAAUCCCUUCCACAAACACUUUCCUCAAC